AUGGAAGAUGCCUAUGCAGGACUCUGUUCACAGAGCGUAUUCGAACCCAAAAUGGACUUUACGCUUUGCAUAAACAAAUCAAUAAAAUUAUUUUUAAAAGAUAUAAAUAUAUCCAAAUAUGAUAAAAAUAAUGUAGAUAAUAAAAAAGAUGUAAAUACAAGUGAUACCAAAGUUAUUGAAACUUCAAAUGAUCAAAAUCAAAAUAAUCAAAAUGAUCAAAAUGAUCAACAGUCAGAUAUCUUAAAUAAUCAACAUCUAUUAAAAGAAAAUGAAGCAUUUUUAAAUGGAUAUCUUUACUUUUCCAGAAUUGGUCAUAACAUAAAUUUAUUAUUAAAUGAAUUGUCUUCAAUAAAAAAAGAUUUCAGAUUUUUAAAUAAAGAAACAAGAAAAAAAAUUAAGAAAUUCAAACAAGUUAAAAACAAAAAUAUUAUAUAUAAAGAUUUAUUACAAGAUAUAAAAGAAAAACGUAAGCGAAAAGAGAUAUAUGAAAAACUAAGUAUCGAAAUAAAAAAGUUAGAUGAAGUUAAAAAGGUACAAGAAAAACAAAAAAUAGAAAAAGACGAAAUAAAUAAUUUAGAGCAUAAAAUUUUAAAUAUAGAAAAUAUUAUAAAGUCUAAUAAUGAUCAUAUACAAGAAACCAUAAAUCAAAUUAAUAAAAUUGUAUCGGAGAAUAUACAAAUAUGA